CAGAUUGUAGAGUAUUGGUGUAUUUUUUCAUAUUAAAGGUUCAUGGUUAGAUAUCUUUUAUUAUUUUGUCAAAACAGAACCCCUUAGCGGCACAAAGUAUUGGCAAAGAAAGUCUAUGUAAAGAAGGAAAGGCUCCAUAGACGUCAUGUAAACCAGUUUGUCAUCCACGCCGCUAGAAAAAAGAGGGACAAUUCGCCAAGGGAUUUGGCGACGGAACCUGUUGGCGAGAAUUUCCCCCUUUAUGAUGUACCUGGCCGAGAUUUUCCACCUCCGCCACGUGUACAGGAAAUUGAGGUACCAAUGAUGAUGAUGAUGAUGAUUCUUUGGUAUUGGUAACUCUUUAAUUUGCUAAUUGGCGAGUUAUCGUCACUCCAGCUGAUUGGCGAACAAUCGUCACUUCCGACUGGUCACUUCAACUGUGACGUAACCACUGAUAAAGUAGUUUAGUUUCUGAUAUGGAGUAACAGGUUCAGUGUUUUCCCGAAUUUGUUAAAAAAAAGUAUAUGAUGAAUUACGGCGUUUAUUAGAAUAGCAUGAAAAUGGAAGGUUCAACAGAUGAAUCAAGUGGUGUACUUCAUCGAACUGCAAGUUUAUUAAAUACUAGUAAAUUCAGUGAUGUUGAAUUUAUAAUUGAAUGUGGGUCAGAAAGUAUCAAAUUCUAUGCACAUAAGUUAAUUUUAGCUAUGGCAAGUCAAGUAUUUGCUAAGAGGUUUUAUGGAUCUUCUGUUAGUUGUCUGCAAAUUAAAGUUAAAAAUUCAUCACCUAGUGCAUUUUUUCGUAUGCUGCAGUACAUUUAUACUGACAAAUUGCAUGUGAAUAGUUUGAAAGAAGCAUUGGAAAUAUAUACUUUGGCAACUAAAUAUGAAAUAAGAGAACUUAAAGAAAAAUGUGCUAGUUUUUUUCAAGCAAAUGUUGCACUUGAUAAUUUGUUUAUAGGAUAUGAGUAUUCACUUCAAGACAACAUAAAAGAAUUACUGGACUCCUGUCGUAAUUUUGUUUGUAGCGAAAGUAAAGUUGUCUUGGAGUCUCCACAUUUCAAGGAUGCAUCUCAUAUAGUAAUUGAAGACAUUGUUAAACAAGAGAGUCUUGAUGUAAACAGUGAACUGGAUGUGAUUAAUGCUGUUCUAAAAUGGGCCAGAAGUGAAUGUAAACGUAGAUCUCUUCCAUGUGAUGAGAUGUGUUUGAGAGAUUGUAUAGAGCCUCUGUUAAAGCAUAUAAGGUUACUUAGUUUGACUCCAGAAGAGUUCUUUGAUUUUGUUGAACAGCAUAAUAUAUUUACAAGCAUGGAAAGUUCUGUUUUGACAAGAAAAUUGUUAGAACCUAAUGGUAAUGUCCAUGUCCCUGAAACAUUUUGUUUGAUAGCUGAAAAACGAAAACCUAAACCCAUACGGUUAGUCAGGCAGGAAUCCGAUCGCAAAGAAAACAAAAUGAGGACUGUAGAUAUAUCUACACAGUUAGGAAUUCAUCAGCCAAUUCGCAAAAAUGGUAAAAUAACACUUCUUAAUACAUUUGGGGAUCAGGCUUUUAGGGCUGGCCCACAAUUGAAUCACCAUGUUUUAAAUACAUAUCCAGACAGGCAUAGAACUUAUGAAAAGGAAGAUAAAGAUGUAAAUAAAUCUAUAGAAUCAGGAACUCAUCAAUUUCACAGGAAUAACAAAAUAAGAUAUUCAUAUAAUUUUGAAGAUCAAACUUUAAGAGUUACUCAAGAAAUGAAAAACCAUCAGACUUUAAAUACAUCUGCAUUUCUCUUUUCUAAGCAAAAAAGGAUUUAUGAUUUUCCAUUGUCGGAUGUCCAAAAUCAUAUUGGUUCAGCUUUUAGUAAUGAUGUUAAAUGUUCUGCUCGGAUUCGUGUUGUUGAAGGGAGAAUUUCACUUCAUGCUAUUCAUUUGAAAUUAAAAAAUACAAAAGCUGAAGUAGAUGAGCUAGAAGCUCAUGUCUGUUUCUCUGGUUUCCUUGAAGAGCCAGAAACUCAGGUAUAUAAAGAAGAAAUAAGAAAUGAUAUAUUUUGUAUAGAUUUAUCCAAACCUAAAGUUUUACAACAAGGUAAAACAUAUGAAGUUGAAGUAACAGUGGAAGAUAUAAAACUGAACCGUUGUAGCAUAUGUAGAGUUAAAAAAUGUGAAUUAAAUUCUGGUUUAGAUCUUAAUACUGAAAUAACUUUGAGUAGCAACCAGUCAUAUGAAGAUAAUUAUUAUUUUUUGAUUAGUCGUUUCAUAUAUACCAUUUGAGUAGCAACCAGUCAUAUGAAGAUAAUUAUUUUUUGAUAGUCGUUUCAUAUAUACCAUUUGUUAAUACCUUCAUACAUUCUAUAAAUUUAAUACAUUAAAAUAUAGCACAAUUUUGAACCUUGUAUGGUUACUUUUGAGCAUAAUACAGAACUGCAUGAGAAUACACAAUAUAUAAUAUAAAUGACUUUAACUCAUAUCAUACUCUUUUUAGAUCUGUGCCUUCUACUUGCAAUUAAAUGUUUUGUAAAAGAAUAUUUUAAAAAAGAUUACAUAAUUUUAAUGUUACCAUUUCUAUAAGAUAUUUUAUCAUUUUCUAGAAUGUUACAAACUCAUGAUUUAAGAAUAAACUAGUAUUAAAAACAAUUUUGUGGUAAUUCAUGAACUAAGACGUUUGGUUUGACAUCAGAUUUUCUCUCUGAGGUAAAAUUUAAAAUGAGUUUAACUGUAAAUAAGUGAUACUUAACUUGUAUAUAUUUAUUUAAGUAAUCCAGAAAAAUCAGCCUACAUGGAUUUUGUGUGUUUUUGUUAUACAGAGUAGUUGUUGUUAUUUACAUGUUUCUAUGUAAUGUGCCUUUGAUGCCUAGGUAUUUUACUCAUCUGAAUCAGAUUUAUAGUGUCAGUGCUACAUGCUGUUGUGGCAAGAUGUCUGAAGUAUUUAUAAUUUAUGCAAAUGUGUCUAGUAAUGUAGAUAAAGAUGAUUUAUAGAAGAAAAUUGUCUAAUAUGUCCAAAAAUGUGAUAAUGUUCCCUGAGUCAUUAUAUUAAAAAUUAUACAUACAAGAAUUUAAGGUACUAUUCGGUUUCAAGGGCCUAUAAAAAAUCGCCAAACUAUUGUUGAUGCCAAUGCUGCCAAAAAUAAUUGCGGCAAGAAAGGA